ACUCAUGUUUCCCACCCUCGAAACACAGCAACGUCAUCGACGAAUUCGCUGCCGGUUAUCUGCCGACCAGCAUGACUACCUGGCUUGUUAGCAGGCCUCUUAUGCAAAUGUAUGAAUCCACACGCAAGUCUGGACAUGGGCCCUGCCGUUGUGCUGCACCUCAAUUUGCGCACCCGUUCGUGCUAUGCUAGUGUACCUGCCUACAGCGCAUCCGUAUGCUGUCCCUCUUUGGACGCGCAAAUCUGGAUUUGCUCCAUGUCUAGCUGCAUCUGUCGCUUCUCGAAUGGAGACGGCAUCAAAACUACGGAUACGCUUGUCAGGCCGGCCCGUGAGACGUGAAGUGUGCACGAAGACGUGGACACCGAAUGGACCACACCUCACUCCUUCUGGAGCAAGCGUCCGGACCUUGGACAUUGCAUACGCAGUACCGGUAUUGCACUCUUGCACACUUCCAAUUAAUUGUUGGACAACUUUUUUUUGGUCACCUCCGGAGUUCCUCCCCAAGCAACCUUCCCCCCCAUCAUCCCAUCUCUCGUCCCGUCCUCUCUCAUCCCAUCCUUGGACCUUGGUCUGGUUCCCAUACUUUCCCUGCAGAACACUUGCGCCCUUUUCCUUCUUACUUUCUUGCAUGCUCUUCUGCGGCGCUGCCGAUUCUACCUUACGCCUCGCAUCCGUUGCUUGUCAAUUGUUGCUUCAUUGCAGCCGCACUCCUGCGGAUCCGUCCACAUCGCCUCCUUUCAAACGCCGCUCAUCUUGCACCAAACACACACUCGUUGCAGAUACCACUCGCUGAUCAGUGACCCGAUUCGAGGAAACCCCCAUUCGGGUUCUACUGCCGUUGGGACUCUACCUGUCCUCAAUAACCUGCCUAUCUUCCUCUGCUCGUCUAGACAAACCCAAUUCAUCUCUCUGCUCCUCCAUCCG